AUGUCUCGCGAAGUCUACAGCACAGGUCAAGCAAAUCCAAGCACUUCCGGUACUAGAAGCCCUGGUCGACCAACGAGACGAUUAACUGAACUACCGACUGUUGAUAAGUCGCCUUCACGAGACUACGGCGGAAUCCGAGGAAGACCCUUAGCCAUGGGUAGUCCAUAUUAUCGGGAUAUGGACGAGCCCAUCAGCCCUGCUGGUGGUCACCAUCGCAGCAGAAGUGCCACUCGAGCUCCGACGCACUCGUUGGAGUAUCCCCGAACUCGUUACCAAUCAUUGGAUCGGGGACUGGUCGAUCCGCACGAUCGAGAAUUUAUACCAAUACGCGAACCGCGCGAUCGUUCCCGAGAUCGAUCAUUAGAACGGGGGCUUUAUUUAGAAGAGGAACUCUACGGUCGACCACCAAGACAAGGUGAUAAGCCAAUGCCGGAGCGAGGAUAUUUAGGAGAUUUGCAGGUGCAAAAUGGUGAGCUUCAACGUGAGCUGGGUAAUCUAAAGAAAGAGCUGGAACUCACUAAUCAAAAACUCGGAAGCUCGAUGCACAGCAUCAAAACGUUUUGGUCCCCUGAGCUAAAGAAAGAACGAGCUCUUCGGAAAGAAGAAAGUGCUAAAUAUAGCCUGAUCAAUGAUCAGUUGAAGUUGCUAAACAGCGAAAAUCAGAAACAAGCGAUGUUGGUGCGACAACUUGAAGAAGAGCUAAGAUUACGCAUGAGAGCUCCAAAUAUCGAAAUGCAGCAGCAAAUGGAAGCCCUUUAUGCAGAGAAUGAACAUCUUCAAAGAGAAAUUUCCAUAUUGCGCGAUACCAUAAAGGAACUGGAACUCCGAAUAGAAACGCAGAAACAAACGCUUCAAGCAAGGGACGAAAGCAUAAAAAAAUUAUUGGAAAUGCUGCAAAGCAAAGGCAUGGGCAAAGAAGAAGAACGACAAAUGUUUCAACAAAUGCAAGCUCUAGCCCAGAAACAGCUGGAUGAUUUUCGCUUGGAAAUCACACGUCGCGAUCAAGAGAUAAUGGCAAUGGCCGCAAAAAUGAAAACGCUUGAGGAACAACAUCAGGAUUAUCAACGUCAUAUUGCUGUUCUCAAGGAAUCGCUAUGCGCUAAAGAAGAACAUUACAAUAUGUUACAAUCAGAUGUUGAAGAGUUGCGUAAUCGAUUAGAGGAGAAAAAUCGAAUGAUUGAAAAGAAGACACAAGGUACAAUGCACACCGUUCAGGAAAAGAAUCGACUACACACAGAACUUGCAGAACUAAAAGAACAUAUGGAUAUAAAAGACAGGAAGAUAAAUGUUCUUCAACGAAAGAUUGAUAAUUUGGAAGAUUUACUUAAGGAGAAGGAUAAUCAAGUGGAUAUGGCACGUGCAAGGCUCAGCGCAAUGCAGGCACACCAUUGCAGUUCGGAGGGGGCGUUGACGAGUCUAGAAGAGGCAAUCGGAGAUAAGGAGAAGCAAAUGCAGCAACUACGCGACCAGCGGGAUCGUGCCGAAGCCGAGAAAAAGGAAGAACGAGAGCUACAUGAACGCGAACUCGCUGAAUUUAAGAUGAAACUUCAUUCGUUGGACAGCGAGGUUGAAAAGCUAACGACUCGUCUCCAUAGAGCUCUAGCUGAAAAAGACCGUUUGGAAGCAAAACUGGAGAGCUCGCAAAGUGAACUAGGAAAGUCAAAGGCAGAGCUUGAGCAUAAGACGUCAAGUGAUGUCGGUCGUAGUGGAGCCGACUGGGAACAUGCAAAACAGCGGUUGUCACGCCUUGAAUUGGAAAAUGAACGUCUACGAACCGAAUUGGAACGGUCACAGGUCUUGAAUAUUUUGAUGUUUCAGACCACUUUUGGCAGAUCUACUUUAAGUACAUCGCAAGAACUAGACCGCGCGCAGGAGCGAGCAGACAAAACAACAAACGAGCUAAGGCGCACGCAGGCUGAGCUACGAGUGACACAAGUAAGCCUAAAACGUUUUUUGUCGACCGACGCUGAACGAUCAAGAGCGGAAGCUGCCGCCUUGCAAGAAAAAUUAGAGAAGAGUCAAGGCGAAGUCUAUAGACUUAAGGCUAAGCUUGAAAACGCACAAGGUGAACAGGAAAGCUUGAAACAGGAAAUGGAAAGAGGCCAGGCUGGUAUACAACGAAUUGUUAGUGAAAGAGAUAAGGCGUACACUGAGUUGGAAAAGAUUCGCGAAGAACUUGAGCGUACGCAAGCUACACUUGGCAAAUCACAGCUCACUCAAGAAAAACUGCAAAACUCGCUCGACAAAGCACAAAACGAAAUUGACCAUUUACAGGAAAAAUUGGACAAAAGUGGUGGAGAAACCCGUAGGUUACAACUCGAGAAAGAAAAAAUUAACUAUGAAUUUGAGAAUAUUCAAUCUCAGUUGGAUAAAUCGUUGGGACAAUCUUCGCGCAUUCAAAAAGAGAAAGAGGCUGCACAAAUGGACCUCGAUCGUUAUCGAGACAAGGCAGAUAAACUGCAGUCAUCUCUUGCCCGUUUGCAAAAGGAGCGUGAUGUACUUUGUGAUGAGUUGGAAAAAUUGAAAGAAAAAUCCGAAUCUACCCAAAGUAAUUCCCUCAAAUACCAACGCGAACGCGAUGCAAUUCAGACCGAGCUUGAAGUAGUCAAAGAACGGUGGGAAAAAGCACAUCAAAUCCACCAGAAGCUUCAGAUGGAGCGAGAUGAUGCCAUUACGGAAGUCGAUAUAUUAAAAGAAAAACUGGACAAGGCUCUGUAUGCCAGCCAGAAACUGAUCGAUGAGAAAGAAACCUCUACCAAAGAGUUCGAGAAAAUGCUCGAGAAGUAUGAUCGGGCACAAAAUGAAAUUUACAGGUUGCAGUCACGCGUGGACACUGCCGAAGCCGAUCGCAACCGAUUGGAGGUAGAAGCAGAACGUUCUGCAUUGGCGGCCUCAAAGGCGCGCGAAGACUUGCGUAAAAUACAAGAAGAAACAACACGCCUCCAAGAAGCUUGUGAUCGUGCUGCAAUGCAACUUGGUCGUUCGAAGGAACUCGAGGAUAAAGCCAAGGAAGAUGUGGACAUGAUUCGUGAAAGACUGGACAAAUGUCAAACCGAUUUGCGCCGGUCACAAUCAGAAAAGGAAAACCAACAGGCAGAAGUGGAACGCUUGACAUACGAAUUGGAUCGCUCACAUAAUCUCUACACUAAACAAACGGCAUCGCUUGAUUCAGCGCAGGAAGAGAUCGCACGCUACGGACUGGAGAUCGAAAAAAUGCGCGAGCGUUACGAAAAGACGGCGGCUGAACUGCGGCGACUGCAAGAGAAUGAAUCCUUCUCACGCGAAGCUCGACGAAUGAAGGAUGAAAAUGAUAGAUUACGCGAAAAGUACGACAAAGUUAUGGUGGAGCUAGAGAACUUCCGCGGUAAAUCACAAUACGAGCAGGAGACGUUCGACAAGAUGAAGGAGAAGUUUGAGACACGAGAAAAUGAGUACCAAACGAUGGAGCUCAAACUGCACGAAACCAGUCUGCAGCUCGAUCUGGCCAGAGCCGAAGUUACUAAGUUGAUCUCCAAUCAAGACAAACAGCGUUCGGAUGCUGAACGAGCUCACAUUGAAUAUGAAAAAAUCCGAGACAAGCAUGAAAAACUCAUCAAAGAAGUUGAACGCCUGCGGCAGAAUCCACAGUCUGCCAUCAGUCCCGGUGCGUUGGCCACUGCCAGUACGGUAAGCUUAACAGACAAAAACGAACUUGAGCGUUUGCGUGAGCGUCUAGAGAAGGCACUGCAAAGUCGCGACGCCACCGAAAUGGAAGCAGGAAGAUUGGCUAAGGAGCUCGAAAAGGCGCAGCUACAUUUGACCAAACAGCAGGAAGUUUAUGAAGCUACGCGCAUUGAGUUCGAGCGUAUGUCAGCUGAACUGACACGUGUACUAGAGCGGCUUGAAAAAGCUGAAGCCGAAAAGGAAACGCUUCGCCAAUCGACGAAGAUCUACGAAAAACAUCAUCAGCAGCAUGCCAGCAACCAUCACGUCGAGCAGAGCCUCAUGAAACUGGAAGCCGAUAACAAGCAGCUGAUGGCCGAACGCGACCAACUCGUAAUGCAGCUGGAAAAAAGUCAAGACAUGCUUAUGAGCUUCCAGCAGGAGCUUAACGCAGCUGAAUUAGAACUACAGCGGCAGUGUGAAGAAAAUCGUCGGCUUAAGAGUUCACCUCAGCAGCCAGGAGCUGUUUCAACUCCACCGCAACAAGCCCAGGCUGCGGCCCAGGAAAUUCAAAAUUACAAAAAAGAAAUCACUAAGCUGAAACAAAUGCUUCAGGAAACCGGGGCACGUGGGGAUAAUGAGCUCGAACAGUGGCGUAAAGUUGUUGAGCAGGAAAAGAACCGCGCGGAUCAGGCGGAAAAGGCUGCAAUAGAGUUGCAAAAGCGAAUGCAGGUAAUGGAGCAACAAUUAAAACAGCAACUAUUACAAAUGACCAACAUGCAGAAACAAUUGCAACAGCAAUCAACGCAACAGCAGCAACAGCAACAAUCGCCGUCAAAUAAAAAGGAACUGGAAAAGCUGCAGGAGGAACUGAAAGCAGCGGUUACCCAUCGAGACCAAUUCCAAAAUCAGCUCGAGCUAUUGGUGCAAGAGCUUGAAAAGAGCCAAACAGAAGCUCUGGAUGCUACGAAAAAGACCCAACAGCAUCAACAACAGGUUGGCCAACUCCAACAACAGAUUCAGCAAUUGCAGCAACAAUUGCAACAAGCCACUCAGGCAGCAAAUCAAAAGGUAGCGCAGAAUGCAGGCGUAAGUGAAGCAGAGCGCAAACAGCUAGAAGCACAAAUGAAACAAAUCGAAGACGCAACUCGGCUACUAGAAAGCGAAAGAAAAACUUUUGAAGAUCAGCGUAAGGCCAUUGAAAACAAACGUAAAGAGUUGGAGGAUAAGGAAAAGAAUCUCAUCGAGUUCGAUAAGCAGCUUAAGAAGCGCAAAGAACAAAUGGACCAACUAGAAAAAUCACUACAAAAGGCCGGCGGAACUGCCGCUGCUGCUGGAGAAUUGAACAAACAGUUAACAGAAACUCAGCAGAUGUUAGACAAGGCAUCAAAAGAACUGGGCGAUGCAAAGGAAGAAGCUAAACGAUCAGCUGCUGAAACUGAACGACUUUUACAAUUGGUGCAAAUGACCCAAGAAGAACAGAACCAGAAGGAGAAAACGAUAAUGGAUUUGCAGCAAGCCUUAAAAAAUGCUCAAGCAAAGUUGAAAACAGCACAAGCACAGCCACAGGAUGCGGGACCAGCAGGAUUCCUCAAGAGCUUCUUCUAA